AGCUGUUGGAUGCAAAAUAUCUUGGCCAAUGGACAAAGUGCUUAGGGUUCCAUUCACUUCUGAAGAUGUAUCCUUAGGGCCAAACAAGGAAGGUGAAACUCGAAGCUGCAAAAUAUUUGAUUGGGAAAAUAUAGAGAAUGAUGAGCUUAUUGCUGAAGGUAUCGUGUGCUCAUCUAACUCCAAAGAGAGGGUUAACAAUAUUCCUCUAGGUCCGGGUGCUGUUAGUCUUCACGUUGUGAAGGUGUUCAAUUUUAAUGCUCCUUUGUGGAGGCCAACUGCUGAUAUUAGUGUAAUUGGUGAAGCAAUUCAUGAAAAAAUCGCAUGGCCAGUCCUAAAGAUUGAUGUCACGGCUGCAGCCACUCCAGAACCAACACUAACUAAAUCAGUGAGUCCAGGCAGCAAUAGUUCCACCAAAAGUCCAAAGCAGAAGUGUGUUCUUUUGACUGCAACAAUUCUGGUCGUAUUGUAGCUGAAGGAUCAGUGAUGUCAACAGAUCCAGAAGAUAAGUGCCAUAAUGUGCCCCUCGGUCCAAAUGCAAGCAAGGUCUCUGUAGAUUUGAUUAAGAUUGGUAAUGCAAAGGUCUGGAGGCCAAAUUCAGAGUUUGUGUUCAUUUCUGAUGCAGUAGGUUCAGUUGUACCUUGGCCAACCGAGAAAGUGAAGUUUGUGUGAAACUUAGCCAAUUGUGAUAUUGGUAUUGUAUUGGUAUUGCCGGUUAUGGAUAUUAGAUUGUAUAAUAUUUGUAUUGUGAUAUUAGCAUAUUUGUAUUGUGAUAUUAGCAUAUUGGUAUUGUGAUAUUAGAUUAUGGUAUUGGUACUUUGUGUAAUAUUAUGGUAUAAAUUAAACUCUAAAUUAAAGUUAAAAUCUUAAAUUAAAUCUCUAAACCCUAACC